UGGCAACAGUGAGUUCAUGUCGUGGUUGUUUAGGCUGCUAGUUAGGCCUCUGCUAUUUUCUCGGUCGGUGGUCCCGUGAAAAUUUGAUCGAAAGUGGUUCAAAUUAGCCGUGUUUGGAGAUUCGCCACCUGUUUUCCAUCGCACCCUUCCAUCGUGUCCAGCAAUUUGAAAUGGAUCCGAAUGCUCCGUCUGCAGACCAUGGUCCUGGCCAUGGUGUGGUCCAUUGUUCAGCUCAUGGACCUCAAGCGUCCCUAACACUCCCCAGCAUUAACAGCAGCGAGCCAAGCUCAUCAACUAUGGUGGAAGAAGCAAUGGCAGCUGGUGCAUGCGGACCUCCAGUUCCUUACUCACUGAGCUACGAAAUUCCUCCUCCGAUGGCGGACUUCUCAGCCCCACCACCAUAUGAGGUAGCCACCAAACUGCCAACCUAUGAUGAAGUCCAGAGGGAGAAAAGCCGUGAAGUGGAACUUGGUUUGCCUCCAGACAUGCCUCCACAGGGGCCUGGACCAAGACCACCUACUGCUAUGCCCAUGUUCUUGGCAAUUGAUACUGAAACUCCCGAUGAAUCCAACAAAGCAAUGCUAGGAACUGACUUCAUGUUCUUCACUGCAUUUGUUGUAUCAUUUCUUUUCAACUGGAUUGGCUUCCUUCUGCUGAUGUGCUUCUGCCACACAAUUGCUGCCCGAUACGGGGCUCUAUCAGGAUUCGGAUUGUCAUUGUCCAAGUGGACCCUUAUUGUGAAACGUUCAUCUGAUAUUACCGAUCAUGUCUGGCUCUACUGGCUGGUCAUGUCAUUUGGUCUGCUGAUUUGUAUUCGAGCAAUCAUCCACUAUCUGAACAUCAAGCGUGGAUGGCAACUCUUGUCUGGAAAUCCACACGCUCAGGAAAGGCUACUGUUUUUCUAUUGAAAACACACCUAAGUCAAAAGGGGCUGACCUAUAUCCCUCAGCAGGGCUAUGGCCUUCUAUAUUUAUUUUUUGCCAUUUUAAAUUUGUGUUUGAGAAAGAAGCAAGACAGAUUUUUGCUACCGAGUCCUGACUGGUUGAGGGCAUCAAAGUUAUUCCAAUCAAAUUUUGUUGGCUCAGAUUUUUUUAAAUUUCUCAUCAUUUUUCAAUUUUGGGAAAACAGAAGGUUAAGGGGAGAUUCCUUGUGAGGUUCCAUGUGGUUCACAGCUUCAUUGGAAAUUCCUGUGUCAACAAAGAUGAUUAAUUAAUUAUAAAGCUUUUGUUAGUUGAAAAUUCAAGCUGGUUAUCUAUGUUCUCUUUUCUAUAUGUUAGUUCAAUAUUACAUUAUUGGUAGCCACACAUCUGCAGUAAUAAGUUUAUUUCGGGACAUGAUAGUCACUAAGGGACUCGAAGGAAUGAAUCUGUACUUCGUACCAUGUUUUAAAGGGACAGCCUCUUGCCUUCCAGAGAUGAUGUUUUUUAGGUGUUAAGUGGAGUUUGUCUUUUGAAUGUGUCAUACAGUAGUUGCACUAUUUAAUUUUUAAGUGAUUUCUUAUACUUAUUCUACUCUUCAUUCUUUAAGAUUUUAUGGUGUGUAAAUUUUAAUCCAAUCAGUUCAACCUGUUUGUCAUGUUUCUCUUACCCUCCUCACAAUGUAUGCAGUGUCUUUAGUGAUGUUCUUGACCAUUUUUUUUCUGACGCAUUCCAAAGCUUUUUGUUUUUCUUUUGUAAGCUCUGAAAGGAACCAGGAAUUCCUGUAAUUGAAUGACAUUUUGGUGAAGAACAAAUGCAAUUGGAAUAUUUUAUGUCAUGUUAUUUUAAUGAUGAGAAUUAUUGAGGUGUCUUAUGUGGUGGGGUUUACCUUUGAAAGGGUUUCUUGAUUUUAUCUGUCUGUCAUGUCAACAUUUUUCCAUCAAUGUUUUUCAAGUAGACUGUUAUUGUUUUUAUAUUUGUUUUUGUAGCAUCAUGUUUUAUUAUGGCCACCCCGCAGUCUUGCGUACUAUAUGGUUGCCCUGCUAAGGUGGUGCUUGUUUCUUUGGUAUUUUGCUUUGUGAUACUUCAAAAACAUUUUAAUAUAACUCACAUGUAGACUAAAGCUGCAAUUUUUGAUCUAGUUGCUAUUCAAAAAAUCAAAUUGAUCUUAUCUUGUCAUGGCUGUGUGUUAGAUAACCUUAUAUUUUAAAAACCUGUAUAUGUUAACUUUGUUUCCAUCUUUCACUUUCUACAUGUGCAUAUCAGUGCACAAAUGCAGCUGCUUUUUUUUAGUCAUGUGGAUAGAGAUAUUUACCGUAAGUGUGCAAUUUAAUUAAGUAUGAAUAAAUGCUGUGGCCACAUUCAGUGGUCAUAUUCUCUCAUUUGGUGUACAACUUCUGAAAUCACUUUGUAAAUAAAACAAGAUGUAAAAUUCUCA